GCGAUCUCGACAUUGUCCACCUUCAAGUUGUGUCCACCCAGUCUCUUUCUGUCAGCGAGCGGGUUCUCAUCAUCCUCCUCCCCUGCCUCUAUUGCGCUGCUGAGGCCUGUGAUCAAGAAUAAACUAUGAGCACGAUUAUCGACGUAUCUGGCAAGCUCGGAGAGUACAUGCUCAAGGGCUGGAUAUUGACAGACAGGAUAUGUUCGAAAUGCUCGAAGGUUCCACUCAUGCGCUCGCCCUCUGGUCCCACUGUACACUUCUGCGCAAACUGUGAUGCGGCAUCUCCUACAACCGCUGCAUCGUCGAGUCGUUCUGGUGCCGAUAUCUCAGGGCGCACGCCCCCGACUCGUACUUACUCCACGCAAAUCGACGAGAAGUCCUCCGUUAGCAGUGCCUCAAGCAUGAUUCCAUCGCGCACUUCCACGCCGCCGACGGAAGUCUCCCAAGCCCCCAGCUCCCCGAUGUUUGCUCCAGUGGAUAUGGCAGAGAUCAUGCGGAGGAGACAGCAAUCGGACACUGCAUCUGCAGAAAUUGGGCGGCGUAUGCUGAAAGGCUGGGCGAUGCUGGCAGACGAGUGCCCCAACCCUGACUGCUAUGGCAUACCGUUAGUGCGACCGCCUAAGGCCGGUGGGGAGAAGGACCCCCGCAAAGAGUGUGUCGUCUGCAGAACAAUCUAUGUAGACGCUGAGGGGACCUCUCAUUCGCGCUUGGUACCUCUGCUACCGUCUCCGCCGUCGAGCGACCGUGCGGAACGUUCUGCACUUCUGCCUCCUGCACUAGUUCCGGCGCCAGGACCGGUCUUUGCUCCCCAGUUGGAGACACAGCCGUCCACUUCAACUAUUCAGCUAGAUAAAGGGAAGGCGGUACAGCGGCAGUCCAUUCUUCCGCUGUUCUCGUCCAAUCCGGCAAUUCAGCCACCACCUUCCGUUCUGCCUACCACAAGCUCUUCAGGUCAAUCGGCUGUGCAGGAGUCUGUUCAGUCACUCGGAUUUGCGUUGCGUGCUUUGUCUGAACGCAUGAAUCUACUUUCCGGAGGCGCUGUCCUCGAACCAACCCUCAUUGCUCAAACAGCAGACGCCAUGGUCAAAGUCGCGCAGGCACUUGCACAGGUCGGGAAGCUGCAGUAGGAUUGUAUUGGGGUAUGUCAUGACAAUGUAUCAAAGAGAUUGCAACGUAUUGUAGGUCGGC